CCGUGCCGCGCGCAUCGUAAGCGGCGACAGAGCGAACGGGCGCGCGAGUGCGCGCGCGCGCGCACGCGUGUGUGUCGCGAUCGCGGGGCAGCGAAUAAAAGUGAGGUUAUAUAAUUGUUUGGGGUACGAUCACCACGCGCGGCGCCGCACGAUGACGACGCGGUCGACGACAUAUGGCUCGUCGCGCAGAUCGGGCCGCUCGAGCUCUAGCUCGGUCGCUGUCGCUCAGUGAACGAACAUCCGCGCGCCGUGCGCGGUCCAGAGUGCGCGACGGGAGAUCGCGUUGCGCGUGAAGUUGCGCGCAGAUCCGACUCGGCAAAUCGCGAGUCGCGCGGAUUCACCGUGGAAGCGAGUUUGGAACGCGAGGAGGAACGACUUCCUCUCCCCCCAUCGCGAUGAAUCGCGGAACGUUUUCCGCGGACGUGCGCGUUUGCGGCGAUCUUCGCUCCGAAAUAUUGAAAAUUGGAGCGAUCGCGAUCUCGAGAUAGUGACAGAGAAGAUUGAUAGUGCGGCACUGAGAAGAUACCGCGACAUGGAGUGCCAAGAGGAUAUACGAAAGAAAGAAGAUAAAUCGCCGAGAGAAAGAGAGCGAGAGAAGUAAACAGACAGAGGAAAGUUGCGUGCAAAUUUUUCGUUUGCCUUUUCGCGCGCGAGUGGCAAACUCGAAACUGCGGCUCGCGCGGCGAAUGCGCGCGGGAGGAACUCGUGCCGCGAACGUUGAAACCGCUCUUCCCUUUCUCCUACCCUGCCACCGUAUCAUCCCCUCGCGUCCCUCUCCGCGUUCCUUCUCUGUCCCGCAGCCGUCUCCGCUCUCCUUGGCUCGCGCGCACGCCUUCGUCCCCCGACCCCUCCAACCCGCCGCCGCGUGCCUACGUGCGUUCCCGUCUCGGUCUGUCCGACGUGCGGCUUCUCUCUCGCGCGCGCCGGUGCCGUUUGACGACCUCUCGCUCCCACCCGCUCUCUUUUCUUCUCUUUCUCCGGACACAAGCGGCAGCACGCUCAGCACGCUGCCCUCGCUCAACUACCUGUUGUGACGUCCAGCGCGCUCGACGCAUCGGGCAAAUCUGCCGUAAAUACCCAGUGUCGUGUCGACAUUUACUCAGUGUGUUCCCUCCGACCAACGGUGAUCAUUCGGUGCGAGAUGCGAUUAUAAUAUAUACGCGAUCGAUCGCGGGGAGACGAUUACGUCGAGAAGGCGCGAAUCUGUCAGGAAAGUUUCGAGGAGGAUCCGCGCGGCACCGUGGACGACCACCGCGGGUGAGGGAGGUCUCCGAUUGUGUGAGCGAAAGGCUUGUGUGUAUGCUCGCGAGUUCUCUGCCACCCCUCCAUCACCAGCGGGCCAGCAGCACCGCUGUGACGAGGCAGCGCGCGAGGAAGUGAGAGGCGUAGAAGUGAGAUAGCGGGAGCGAGAGAGAAAGAGGGAGCGAGAGAGAGAGAGAGAGCGAGGAGGACAGCACGCGUCCGUAAGAUGGAGAGAGAAGGUGCGCGCGAGAGAAAGGACUCGGGCGAGCUCUUAUCGUGAAGUUAGUCGCGCGCGGCGAACCUUCCGUCCCACCGUCGUCGAAUCUUCCGUUGCGCGCAUUGCCAAGAGUGACAGUCGCGAGCGUCAUCGAGAGUUCGCCAUCGAUAUUUAAAGCUACGCUCCGCGGGACUCGAUGUUACUGCAUAUCGGGACUGGUAAGAGGAACAUUUUUCUUUAUGUCGAGAACGCCGUCAGUGAAAAUCCGGAGUCUCUAACCUACGAGCCUAGCAUUUUGAAUUGAUUUGCUCGUUCGUUGUGGCGCAUAGCGUCACGGAUAUUCGCUAUGAAUGUGACUGCGAACGCGCAGCGUCGAACAUAGCUGCGAUCAUCGCGCUGUUUUGAAGUCUACGAGAAAGAGGAGCAGUUCGGAGAGAAAGAGUGAGAAAGGGAAAGAAAGCGAGCUGCGUGCGACGACGCGCGCACUAUCGUGCGCUCGGUCACGUGGAUCGGGAAACAAAAGGCGGAACGCGGCCGCGUUCAUUGACGAGUCUGUCGCGUCGACGCCGCGCGCGCCGGUGGCAUCGCAUUACGUCGGCUGAAGUUGGCGCGCUUCGUUGUACGCGCGCGCACACGCGCAUUGUGUGUGUUGUGUUGUUGUGUAGUACGUGUAAGCCCGGCCGGUUGUCGGAAUAUCAACGGGAGCAUCUUCUGCAUCGCGGGGCGAGCUUGUGAGAAGAGCGUGGCCACGAGAGGGUAACGGUAACGGAUAUCUCCGCGUUGUUUACUCCGUAUAAGAGCGAGCUAGUAUCGUUCUCUCGCGAGAGGAAAGCGUCCGCGGUCGAUCUUGACCGCGGUCAAGCUCGGCCCCCCGGGGGCCUCGCGGAAACGUCACACGCGCGGCCAGAUGCGCCCCCGCGGAAUCUGGAAAUCGGACACGCAUAUCGACACGCCAGCGGGGUGGAUGCGGAGGAUGCGCGUCACGCAGACGACGGCUAAGCCGGUGGUAGAGGACGACGUGGCCGCGCGGUCGGCAUCACGCGUUACGAUCGACCACCUCGGUGGCAACCAUUGAGAACUGGCUUAUCCUGCGGUGGAUUUAGGGGGCUGUAUGGAGGCCGGGGGGCUCCUGCCCCGUCAGCCCCCGCAAGGCCCCCCCGGCACGAUAUCCGUGUGCGCGGGCCAGGGCCCGAACGGGCACGCCGGCAACGUCCUCGGCCAAUCCGCGGCCGCGAUCCACGAAUUGAACGCCGGUCAGCUGGGCAUAACCAGCCAGCAGCAGUUGCACCUGCAGCAACAGCAGCAUCAACAGCAGCAGCAACAGCACCAGCAGCAACAGCAGCAAAUGGGCCAAGCACCCGGCAUGGGUGAGAUGCUCACCCCGAAGAGGCAGGCGGUCGUGGACCGCCUGCGACGACGGAUCGAGAGCUAUCGGCGUAGGCAGACCGAUUGCAUCCCCAGGUUCGAUCAGAGCUUCAACGGAUUAUGCGAACAGAAUAUACAGGACACCUUGGUAUUGAAGCAGCGCUUCCUCGAGAGCAAGGCGAAGCGGCAGGCCAAGAAGACGGACAAGAAGCAGAGCGACCCGGUCGGCCUCUCCAACGUUCAUAUGCAGCCGAAAUUCCUCAAGAGGACGACCGAGGAGUUGGAGACAGCUGGUGGUGCUAGUGGCGAUGGCGGCUUCGGUGAGCCACCAGUCAAGCUGCAAUGCACGCAAGGACAGCAUCAGCAUCAGCAAGGUCCAGGCGGCGGUGGUGGUGGUGGACCGCAUCACGGCCACGGUCAGCAUCAACCUGGGAACGGCGCGAAUUCAACGGGCCCGACCCCCGGUAGCGGGGGUGGUAAUGGCGGUAGCGAUGGGAACGAAGGUCUCACCAAAUUCCAGGUGCAGAUCGUACAACAGUUGGAGUUUACAACCUCGGCGGCGAAUAACUCGCAGGCUCAGGCUAUCUCCACAAACGUAACGGUGAAGGCGCUGACAAAUGCGUCGGUAAAGAGCGAUCUCUUAAACGCGUCCUCCUCUCCAAAACCUGGUCCGGACACGCCUACGUCUGCUGCGUCCAGGCCACAGCCCGGAAAUGGUAAUGGUCCAGGAGGUCCUAAUGGACCCGGCGCGAAUGGCGGUGGCGCCGGUGGCGCUGCCGGAAGCGGAGGAAUCGGUUGCGUCGACAUUGGCAAUCUUGUCGAAUGCAAACAGGAACCCGACAAUGAGUUCGUGGAUCUGGAACAGUGCGCCGCAGCGCUGGAGAAGGAUGCCGCGGCAAAUGGUACUGGUUUCCCCGGUUUCUCCGAAUUCAUGGGCGACGACACCGGCGACGAAAUCAUCACGUCGGAUGCAUUUAAGGAUCUCAUUUCCGAGAUAUCAGAUUUUCAUCCAGAAUUUAUGAAGGACUUUGACUUCGAGGAUAAGAGCGUCGAUACACUGGCGAACAACGCCGCGGCAGCGGCCGCGGUCGCAGCUGCUGCCGCCAAUAAUAAUAAUAACGGCGGCAAUAAUAACGGACUGCCGACGACGAAUAAUGGACAGAUUAAGAUCGAGGAUGACAAAGACGCGAUCCAUCAGCAGCAGCAACAGCAGCAGCAGCACGCCAAUGGCGCGAACAACGGCGUCAACAGUAACAAUGUUGGUAAUAACAAUGGUAACGCGAUACCAGCUAACUCGAGUCCGGGCGCUCUUGGCUCCUCGCAGUACUCCCCAGCUCGACUUCCUUAUUCCGGGCUAGACUUCAAGUCGGAGAUGAGUCCGGCGGCACAGACGCUCAAGCAGAUGGCCGAGCAGCAUCAGCAUAAAAGUCAGCAAUUGGGCCUGGGCGGAUUCAACCCUACGGCGGCCGCGGCGGCGGCAGCCGCGGCGCGUGGUCCAACCGCGAGAUCUCCUUAUGCCGAGUUUCCUCAAUUCGGCGGCGCUUCCGAUUAUCUCGGUAGUCCUGGCAGCACAGGCCCGACCAGUGGACAAAAUCAGGCCACGGCCACAGGGACUGGAUCAUAUCACAAGAAUAAUGGCACUCCGACCUUCCAAAGUCAGCAGACCAAUGAUAUGUUUGUCAGCUCGCAAACUCAAUUCGCCACCGCGGGCCUGACGGACAUGAAAAGGCCUCAGCCGACAGCGACGGGCGGCAAACCUGGCAUGUUGGGGCCUAGCGGUGGUUACAAGCAACAGUACUCGCCGUACGGUAGCCCGGGUUCGAUGCCGAAUCAUGGCAGUCCGGGGUAUCCCUUGCCACCCAGAGGAUCGCAGGGAGGUGGGCCCAAUCAGACCGGUUCGCAAGGACCCUUCAAUACAACCUCCACGCCGCCGAGACCUCCUUCGGGACCAGGUACUUCCACUCUGCAAAUCAAUCAGGCGCAGCAGCUACACAUCGGCAACCAGAUACAGGUAAGUGGAGUAAUCUUUACUGCGAAAAAUCGAUUCUUUCGAAAACGAUUUGAUUCAGCGAACGCCGCUGCCAAUCGCUGUUAUCAUGGCGAUCAAGGCGAGCGGCAAGACAAUCGAGAAUUUCUCGAGGUUGAGCCGAGUGAUAUCUGUUGCGCCGCGACGACGCGUCUAUUUUUGUCGGCGGCAUCGCGGGGCAUCGUUGGCGACGACGGCGGCGGCAGCAGUGGUGGUAGCGGCGGGCGUCGAAGGGAUGGUGACGGCGGCGGCGGCAGCGGCGGUGGUAGCGGUACCGACGUUGUUGGUCGUCGAUGA